UUUUGAAUAAAAAUAAUAAAUAGAGACGAAGGGAGUAACUAUUUUCUAGGCUUGAUUUUGACCAUGUGUAUUCGCAAGUAACUCUUCCUCUUUUUCUUUUUAUGAGGGAAUAGCCUUCAUUUGUAUACUUUAUUAUCAUAAGCAGGAAUUAUUUUGAAGAAAUUACAAUAAUAUGACCAAGGAUAUAAGUAAACAAUCUAUGCAUCUAUAAAUUCUGAUCUGUAUAGUAAAGCUGAAGUUAUUCCUGGUUAGGAUCAUAGAACACUUGAACUAUCCUUCGAAAAUUAGCCCAAAACAAAGAAAAAGGGAGAAUCAUGAGAUCAGCUUCUUCCAAAGAUUUCUCCCUGAUACUAAUCCUACUUGUUUUGAAUGUGUUCAUAGCAACUGGUCAGAAUACUGGUGAGGCACCGCCACCCGGAAACCAAACAAGUACAGGUGCACCAGCACCAGCACCAGGAAACCAAACAAGUACAGGUGCACCAGCACCAGCACCAGCACCAGCAAACCAAACGACACCGCCCUCAACAACACCAAGGGGAGACAGGCUAAGGAUUGCAGUGCCAGUGAGUACCUACAAAGAGUUUGUGAGCAUUACAACAGAUCCCCUCACUAGGGAACGCCGCAUUGGUGGUUUUUCAAUUGAAGUCUUCCAGGCUGUGAUUAAUACAGCGUUAAGCGACCCCCCUCAAUAUACUUUUAUGCCUUUUGCUCAGUCAAAUGGAUCCUUUAAUGGAAGCUUUGAUGCCAUGCUUCAAGCAGUCUCUAAUCAGGAAUAUGAUGGGGCAGUGGGAGAUACGACCAUCAGAUUUGAUAGAACUCAGUGGGUUGAUUUUACACUACCUUACUCAGACACAGGAAUAACAAUGAUGAUUUCGGCAAACCAGAAAUCCAACAAAAGGACUGCAAUCAAAUUGAUGCCUCUGAUCAAGGGUUUAGUGUCCGGUGCACUUGCUUUCUGCUUCAUUAGUGCCCUCGUCUUUUGGUUUGUCGAAUUCAGAAAUGACAAAAAUAGGCAGUCAUUAGGUAACAACAACCCACCAGGACAACGUGCAAAUACUGAUGAUUUUUGGCGGAGAGAAACACUGAGGGCAAUAAUACAUACAAGGCUAGUGAUUGUAAUGUGUUUUCUAGUAUUGCUGUUCUUAACAUCCUGUUAUACAGCAAGCUUAACUUCAUUGCUAACAGCGCAGCAGCAAAGAAGUCCAAUCAGAACAAUAGACGAGCUCAUCAGGAAAAGGGAAAAUAUAGGGAAUCAAAAAGGAUCCUUUGUACCUCGUUUGCUAGUUCAGAGAGGAUUUACAGAAGAUCAGAUACAUAUUUAUGAUACAGAACAGGAAAUGGUUGAUAUGCUCGCUAAAGGAAGCGUUGCUGCUGUUAUUGAUGAAACACCAUAUCUUAAAGUUUUCCUGUCCAAGAACUGCAAUAAGGGCUAUACUCUUGUCCCUUCAUUCGAUCUUCACGCUGAGGGAUUUGGCUUUGCUUUCCAGAAAGGGUCUCCCUUGGUGCGUGAAGUCUCAAAUGGGAUACUAAAGUUGAUGGACAAUGGUGAAUUGGCAACGAUUCAGCAGAGGACAAUCGGCGAUCUUGAUGCAUGUGACAAUGAUCUGAAUAUUGCUGAUGCUAAUUCCAAUCUCUUGGACUUCGAUACAUUGUGGAUCUUGUUUGCCGGGGCAAUCGGUGCUGCAAUAUUGGUGAUAAUCUUGUAUAUGGUAUACUUAGGAACCACAUGUGAUACUAUUAGAAGGAGAGUUGCCUUUCCAUGCUACCUAAUGCCACAACAAGAAAGAAGAGAAGUAGCCUAAGUUUAGCAUUUAAGAUGCCUCAACCUCGCUGGUAAUAUCAAUUAUGUACAUUGACAUCCUAAGUCUAUAGGAAUGUCCUCUAAUCUGUGUGUAAUUUUUGAUCAUCUACAUGUGUACAUGUGAAUGUCCCACAUGUAUGUGUGCGUUUUGUGUGAUAUGGGUGAGUGAUGACGAUAAAUCAAUAAUUAUACUUGACAAUAUUUUUUCGAACAUAUUGGAUCUAA